UUGGAUGCGACAUCUGCUGUAACACGUACAAUGACGAUCACUGCCCGAGGAUCCUCCUCUGCUCCCAUGACUUCUGCAGCCGCUGCAUUGAGGGGCUCAUUUCGACUCAAAAGAAAGAAUGCCCGGUCUGCCGAAUGCAGUUCACACAGAACUCGGCUGAGGACUUCAUGAUUAUCAGAGGUCUCCUUGAUGUUGCAAAACAACUUUCAUCACAGCUUGCAGUAUCGAAUACCGAAGCCACAAGACUAAAGCAACCCUUUCUGAAGACUACUCACUAUUUCAGAGAAAACUUCACCAAGAGAGGAGUUGCUGUUUGUCAGGGAGCAGAGGCUGAGGUUCAGGAACUCAUUGACAGGUACAGAGAGAUGAAAGGGCGAGUUACAGAGGUGAAGCUUUCCAGUGAAAAGACUUUGAGCAGCAUUGAUCAAAAUAUUGAACUGCUCCUGGACAGGCUGGAAAAAUUGCAGAAGAACAGAACAAAAUUCAAUGAAAGUGAUGCCCAACUGGAAGCAGCAACAGACUUUAUUUCAGCAGCGCCUUUCAUGCAAGAGGCAGAAGAGCUUCUCCAGGCUAUGGAAGAAACUUUGGCAAAGUUUCAGGAGGACAAAAAGGAAGAAUGUCAUAUAAAGAAGGAAAUUCUCGAGAUGAAGGAAGAUCUGGAGAGGUUCUUGAAGGACACAGGAAGGAUCAUCACUGAGGAAGGAGCACUAGGAGAGGAGGGAGACUCUGUCGUGAAAAUUACGGUGACUGACCUCCGAAGUCCUCACGGUCGCCUGAGAGGGGAUGCCCAGAGAGAGAUCUUUGCUGUGAUGACCUUUGAAGGGAAACUCAGGCUGGCUCCAGUUAAGAUAGAGUCCAACAACCAAGUCUCCUUCACUCAUCUGGAAGAAGGCGUUCUCCCACCAAGAUGCUUUGUCAUAGAGCUGGAGUCCUUGAUACCAGGUGGGGGGUCUCCUUCCCCUCCUCUUUCUCCUCCCCUUCCAAGGGGGUUCUUGGAUCUGGCAUAUGGACCCACCCCCCUAGGGAGGGUCAUAAUCAGAGUCACUGUCAACGGUUUGCAGGGUCGGAACUUCCUGCUCAUGUGUGCGGGGGGAUGGGGGGGACCUCUUAUGCCCACUCUCGGGUCUAUGAUGUGUUCAGUAAGGGUGUGAAAGGGGAAUGGAUAAGUAUGGGACAUUAUGUGUCCCAUGGAGGAGGAAGAGGAGGAGGAAGUAGAACAAUAUCAACCCAAGCAGUGUUGCCAUUGUGGGAGGAUCAUUGGAGGAGGGAGAGGGAGAGUGGGAUCUAUGAAGAGACGCUUUGCAAGGCGGGAGAUGUCAGGGGAAUCGUCUCAUAUGGAAGAGCUUCAGAGCUCUUGAUCGUCACCAGAGAUGGUAAUCCCGUGUAUUGUGGAUUCAGUUUUUGCUUCGGGGUGGUGGAGGAAGGACUCAACGUCCUGAAAUCCGCCAUCUCGAAGUAUGAUGAAGACAUUAAACAGGUCGAAGUGGCCAACUGUGGUCUCAUCCUGUGAUGUCUUUCCCUCCAGAUGAAGAAAAAGAAGACGAAAAAGAAGGAGUCAUUUUAGUGCUAUUUGAACUGAAGAUGAAUAAAAACCAAAUUAAAAAAAAAAAAAAAAAA